CUGAGCGUAUAUUCGCACUUUCCUCCCUCGAUUUUCCUCUCCUCUCCCGGCUCGUCUCCAUCCGCGACGGAGCGGCGGCCUAGGGUUUGCGCCGCGCCGCCGCCCGCGCCGCCUCCCCGCCGACCAGCCCUGCGCGACGCCAACUGCCUCUCCGACCCCCCGAAGAGCGCUGCGCCUCCCGAGGACCAACGGAGCCGGUCCCAUCCGUGCCCCCCCUCCCCGGCGAAGCCUAAAGUGUCAUUGCGGAACAACAGAGGAAGCAUGGCAGAGGGUGGUAUUGUGGUGGCCAUCUGCCAGCACGGCGGGGAGUUCACUCCUGGCCCCAAUGGGAAUCUGGUCUACAAAGGGGGAGAAGCGCACGCCGUUGACGUCUCUCGGGAGAUGCCACUGGACAGCUUCAAGGAUGAGGUGUCCAAGGUGUUCCAUGUCGAUGUCACUGACAUGUCGUUCAAAUACUUCCUGCCAAACAACAACAGAACGCUCAUCACAAUCUCAUGUGAUCGGGAUUUGCACCGGAUGGUUGAUUUUACUGCCAGUGCCGCGCAAGUAGACGUUUUUGUCAUUAGUACAGGGGAGAACAGGAGUGUUGUAACUUACACUGGAGCUUCCACUGUUAAAGCUGGAUCUAAUGCACAGGGUGACAAAAGGAAAAGGCCAGCUUCCAAAAACAAGGCAUCCAAAAGUAACAAGAAGACCCCAAAUGCUACCGGUGCUGCAGUUGAAGCUAAUACCCAUGAUUUCAAUCAGCCAAGACCGGUGGAGACUUUAAAUGAUUACAAUGAGGAUUUUCAACUAGAAUUUGGACGUGAUGUUGCCUUUGCCACCACAGCUGAGGCUGUUUCCUCUGCUCCAGACGUUAUGAAUCAGGAGAAGCUUGCUCUCUCGUUGAUACCACACAAAGGGAACUAAUUGGGCCUUUUGAUGAUUCAAUCAAUGCAUAUGAUGGUUCGGAGAUCAUAAUAGAUCCUCCCCAGGAACUUACCAGUAACCCCACUAUGUUCUGGGAUGACAUUAUUAAAGGUGUUGGUCAAGAAUUUGAUAACGUGAAGGAUUUCCGAGCUCAGUUGUGCAAGUAUUCCAUCGCGAAAGGAUUUGCGUACCGGUUCAUAAAAAAUGAAACCACCAGAGUCACUGUGAAGUGUGUUGGGGAUGGCUGCACCUGGAGAUUGCAUGCAUCCGAGUCAUCUCGUAGCAAGAAGUUUGUUAUCAAGAAAAUGACUGAUGUGCACACAUGUGGAGGAGAAGGUGGAGAGGGUCAGCGGCGAGCAACAAGGCAGUGGCUGACUACCAUCAUUAAGGAGAAACUGCGUGUGAACGCAUCACUCAAGCCGAAGGACCUUGUCAAAGAAAUAUAUGAAGAAUAUGGAGUUCUGCUGACCUAUUCACAGGUUUGGCGAGGUAGAGAAGUGGCACAGAAGGAGAUGUUUCAUGUUAUGAGGGAGACAUUUGGCCAUUUGCCCUGGUACCGUGACAGACUUUUUCAGACUAACCCAGGGAGCUCACUUGAAUUGUCUCAGACAGUGGAUACACGCCGUGUUUUUAUCGCAUUCCAUGCUUCUUUGCACGGAUUUGCAAAUGGGUGCAGGCCCCUCCUUUUUCUUGACAAGGUUCCGCUCAAGGCGACAAAUGAGUACAAGUUGCUGGUUGCGGCUGCAGUUGAUGCAGAUGAUGGUGUCUUUCCAGUGGCAUUUAAUGUGGUUGAAGAUGAAAGUUAUGACAGCUGGGUUUGGUUCUUGAUGCAGCUGAGGAUUGCUCUCCAAUAUCACAGCUACCCAUUCAAUGCUAUGACAUUCUUGUCCAAUGGACAAAAGGGUCUGGAUGCUGCUGUUCCACAUGUGUUUGAAGAUAGCCACCAUGCCUUCUGUUUACAUCAUAUCAUGGAGGAAUUCAGAGGAGAACUGAGGAAGGGACCAUGGUCGCAACAGAUAAGAGAUGCGAUGGUCGAGGAUUUUACUCGUGCGGCCGAAGCAUGCAGCAUUGAUGAGUUUAAUGCAUCAAUUGAGAGCAUAAGGAAUAUAUCCACUGAAGCUGCCGACUGGAUCAUUGCGAGUAAGCCAGAGCAUUGGUCAGAUGCUGUCUUCACAGGCUGCCGGUAUGACCAUUUCUCAUCAAACAUUGUUGAUGCAUUUAAUAACUGGAUACCAACAAAGAAGGAGGGGUCCAUGGUGCUGAUGAUAGACUCUCUGAGAAUAAAAAUAGCGGAGAUAAUGGAAGCAAGGCGUGAGGCCUGCAAGUCAUGGGAAGGGCCUUUAACACCUUCCAUGGAUUUCAAAGCGCAGGGUGAGAUGUCGAAGGCUAGUAAGCUGACCGUGCUGUGCUCUUCCGAGACUGUGUUUGAAGUGCGGGGCAGCGGUAUUUUUGUUGUUAAUCUUGCAAAUUGGGAAUGCACAUGUCGGAGGUGGCAACUUUCUGGCCUCCCUUGUAUGCAUGCUGUUGCUGUGUUUAGCAGGAUUGGACGAUCUUUCUACGACUACUGUUCCAAGUUUUUUAAAAUAGAGAGCUACCAUAUGGCAUACUCAGGAACAAUCCUCCCAAUUCCUGACAUGGAUACCUUUGAUUUUAGUGCUGGGGCAACGAUCCCACCUCCCAAGCCACGCACAUCAGAUAAACCGAGAAGAAAGAGGUUUAAUCCCAACAAGGUAACCACUCUUAUACGGCUCUGUAGCAGGUGCAAGCAGGCAGGCCACAACAAGGCAACAUGUGAAGCCCUUCUGUAGACAAAGCAAAAUCUUCAUCUGCAGUAUGUAUAGCAGGUUCACUUGGAAGUCUGAUGUGGUGAAAGAGAGUUCAUGGUAGUCUGUUCACUUGGAAGUCUGAUGUGGUGAAAGAGAGUUCAUGGUAGUCUGUUCACUUGGAAGUCUGAUGUGGUGAAAGAUAGUUCAUUGUAGUGGCUUCUGUUUUUAGAGGGAAGGGUGGAGAUAACACGACAUCAUUCGAUAUGAUUUUGUUUAUAUGAAGGGUGUAACUUAAAGUUCUGUAGCGAUGGACUACAGAUGAUCCGGUGCUAGCUUCUGGACAGUGUCAACUGAAAACAGAGUAGUCGAUGGUUAGCUGUUUAGCUAUAGCUGUAGGUUCAGUUAUUUUAUCCUAGUGUCAUAGUAUUAUUCUCAAAUUCUUGUGAAUGUCAUAGUUCUUGUAGUCGGUUAUUGCUCUGCAUAGCAGCUGUCUAUUGUGGUCAGGAUCACCUCUCCUUUGUAGUCCAUCAAGCUUUGCUCUCUGUUCUGUUGGGAUCAUGUAUAGUAGAUAAUAAUGAUUUUGUGAGCACUUGGGAAGUA